AUGCCCCGGCCCCAUUCCUGCUGCCCCAGGAGGGCGCCCCUGGCCCCAGCCCCGGGCGGUUCCUUCGCCCAGAUCACCGCCCGGUUCCUGCGCGUCACCAAGAUCCACGGCCUGCACCACAUGGGCUCCCGCCGGCAGUCGCGCCCACGGUGCCUGCUCUGGGGCCUGGCCUUCCUGCUCUCGCUCGGCCUCCUGGGCACCUGGUCCAGCAACCGUGUGCGCUACCUGCUGUCCUGCCCCGUGCACAGCCGGGUGCUCAUGGCGUGGGCGGCGCGGCUGCGCUUCCCGGCUGUCACCCUCUGCAACAACAACCCCGUGCGCUUCCUGCAGCUCACCAAGCCCGACCUGUACUCGGCCGGGCAGUGGCUGGGCCUGGCCGGGGAGAACCGCUCCCUGCUGCCCGGGCUGCUGGAGGGGCUGCCCGACGCCCAGCGCCACUGGCUCAGCCGCCUCGCCAACUACUCGCGCUUCCUCCCGCCGCGCCGCUCCGAGCGCACCAUGCACAGCCUCUUCCACCGCCUGGGCCACCAGAUCGAGGACAUGCUGCUGGCCUGCCGCUUCCGGGGAGAGCCCUGCGGCCCCCAGCACUUCACGCCCGUCUACACCCGCUAUGGCAAGUGCUACACCUUCAACGCCGACCGGAGGAGCCCGCGCGUCACCCGCCAGGGCGGGAUGGGCAGCGGGCUGGAGCUGAUGCUGGACAUCCAGCAGGAGGAAUAUCUGCCCAUCUGGAGAGAGACCAAUGAGACGUCGUUCGAGGCCGGGAUCCGGGUGCAGAUCCACAGCCAGGACGAGCCGCCCUACAUCCACCAGCUCGGCUUCGGGGUCUCCCCCGGCUUCCAGACCUUCGUGUCCUGCCAGGAGCAGAGGCUCACCUACCUGCCCCAGCCCUGGGGGAACUGCCGGGCCAGCGUGCCCGGGGAGCAGAUCCUGCCGGGGUACGAGGGCUACAGCAUCGCCGCCUGCCGCCUGCAGUGCGAGAAGGAGGCUGUGGUGAGCAGCUGCCAGUGCCGCAUGGUGCACAUGCCAGGGAACGAGUCCAUCUGCUCGCCCAACGUCUACAUCGAAUGUGCCGACCGGACGCUCGACGCGGCGGUGGAGGACUCCCAGGAGCGCUGCAGCUGCCCCACGCCCUGCAACCUGACGCGCUACGGCAAGGAGAUCUCCAUGGUGCGCAUCCCCAACAAGGGCUCGGCCCGCUACCUCGCCCGCAAGUACCACCGCAACGAGACCUACAUCCGAGAGAACUUCCUGGUGCUGGACAUUUUCUUCGAGGCGCUGAACUACGAGGCUAUCGAGCAGAAGAAGGCCUACGAGCUGGCGGGGCUGCUGGGGGACAUCGGGGGGCAGAUGGGGCUGUUCAUCGGCGCCAGUAUCCUGACCAUCCUGGAGAUCCUGGACUACAUCUAUGAGGUGAUCCGGGACAAGGCGAGCCGGGCUCUGGGCCGCUCCAAGCCGCCCCUGAGGAAGCAGUCGGGCAGCAUCGCCACGCUGGGGCUGGAGGAGCUCAAGGAUCAGAGCCCCUGCGGGACGCUGGGCCGACACGCUGAGGGCGCCUACAGCACCAGCAUCCUUCCCAACCACCGCCACCGCUACGCCCACCAGGGCGUCUUCGAGGACUUCGCCUGCUAG